UUUUAAAUAAACCAAAAAUGGUAGCGACAAGCUUUCACUUUUUCUAUUUCUGCUUAUACCGUGAAUGUUUUGAGCGUUUGCGUGUGAUAAAGAAUCCUUAAAUAUUUAUGUAGAAUUGUUUGGUACGCCUUUGAAUGCAAGUUUCAGAUGAAAUAUCAUAUUUACGUAGAAUAUACUGGAAAGGAUAUCAACUGUCAAAUCGUCUACGAAGUGCCAGAAUUUAUCUGACUCACUGCGUGCGUACUGCGUGCUUGUCAAUAACAUACCUUCGUCAGGGAAAGCUAGGUCAAAGUAUUAAUGGAAAAUAAUGCCUGUUAAAGUUGACAUUACUCCACCACCUCCAGCGAACUCGAAACAACCUGGUGUGACUAAAUCCUUACUUUACAACGGUUCUAAAUUUCAAGGGCAUCAAAAAUCAAAAGGGAAUUCGUACGAAGUUGAAGUUGUUCUUCAGCAUGUUGAUGAGGAGAAUUCUUAUCUUUGUGGUUAUUUAAAAAUUAAGGGAUUGACUGAGGAGUUCCCAACACUGACGACAUUUUUUGAUGGUGAAAUAAUAUCAGCUAAGUAUCCUUUUCUAACAAGAAAGUGGGAUGCAGAUGAAGAUGUUGAUAGAAAGCAUUGGAGUAAGUUUGAAUUAUUUGUACCAUAUUUGAAGACUUUUAACUCUGAUUCCUUUGAUUAUGAAUCAUUAGCAAAGGCUGACUAUGUAUUUAUGAGGUGGAAGGAACAUUUUCUCGUGCCAGAUCAUACAAUAAAGGACAUAAAUGGUGCUUCAUUUGCUGGUUUUUAUUAUAUUUGUUUUCACAAAUCAGCAGCAACUAUAGAGGGCUACUAUUAUCACAGGAGUUCAGAGUGGUUCCAAUCGCUAACUUUAAGCCAUGUUCCAGAACACAGUAUCCAAAUUUAUGAAUUUAGAUGAAAAUGUUCUGUGGACAAUGUUUGGACGAAUAUUUUAAAAGUACUUAAGGUUCUUUUAAAGUGUAACUGGAAACAUGCUUAGAAACAUAAAAUGUAAAAUCAAGUCACCCAUUAAAUGUAGUUGCUACUGAUGAUCAACAAUUUUGAACAAUGUUAAAACCUGUCAUUGCACAUACUAAUUUCUCCUAACCAUAUUUUUGUUUUAUCAUUGUUGAGAUUUUAGCCUUAAAUUAUUUGAUACAUAGUAUACAAUGUAUCUUGAUUAUUAGCUAAUCAAAAUCAAAGUUUCUUUUCUAUUCUUCUAACUACUUAUUGUAAGUUAGUUCUACUGUAAGAUAUCUAGGAUUGUAACAAAUCAUACUAAUUAUUGUGAUAUUGUGUACAAAUUGUUUGCAUAUAAGUAAGGAAUAAUGAUUUGUUACAUUUAAUUUAUUAUUUCUAUAGAAGGGGUGUGUAAGUGUGCCCCAGUUGUAUAUAAGUGUGUGCAAAGGCAGGAAUCCUCUUUAAUGUGAACAAGUAUAUAUUUGUAUUGAUAUGUGUAGAUUAUCAACAAUUAUCUGUGUUAUAAUUAAAGGAUUGAAUAUUUUUUUUCAAUAAAAGCUCAUAAAUAAUGGA